UCCCUGACCGUGUAGGAGGAUGGACCCUGUAGUGUUGAGCUAUCAGGACAGCCUGCUGCGGCGCUCUGAUGUGUCCUUACUGGAAGGACCUUACUGGCUCAAUGACCAAGUUAUUGGCUUUGCCUUCGAGUACUUUGCUGCUGAGCGCUUCAGAGUCCUGGGAGGGACAAUCAUCUUCAUCAGCCCGGAGGUCACCCAGUUCAUCAAGUGUGCUUCUUGCCCUGAUGAGUUAGCCCUAUUUCUGGAGCCGCUGGAUCUUGCCUCUCGUCGCUGGGUCUUCCUAGCUGUUAAUGACAACUCCAAUCAGACCGCUGGGGGAUCCCAUUGGAGCCUUUUGGUCUACCAUCACAACUCCAACCACUUUGCUCACUAUGACUCUCAAAACGGCAGCAAUUCACUGCACGCACGGCGCAUCGCCAGCAAGUUAGAGCCUUUCUUAGGUGCUGGGAGAAAGGCGCUGUUUGUGGAGGAGCCCUGCCCUUCACAGCAGAACAGCUAUGACUGUGGCAUGUAUGUUAUCUGUAUCGCUGAGGCCUUGUGUGAGAAGGCCAGGGUGGAGGGUUCACCGCGCCUCCCUGUGCAAAUCAUCACUCCAGCCUACAUCACCCAGAAGCGGGCUGAAUGGUGCAGACUGAUCCAGAGUCUAGCUCAGAAUGAUCUCUGCUGCUCUCUGUCUUUUCCUUAGCACGUUGAUUGCCCCUCAGUAUAUGCAGAACAGCUGUCAGCCCCCACAUAUCUACUGCUGGAGCAUUGGAAUGCACUCCUUCAAUACAGUAUUUAACUAUAUAUGAAGUAUAUUUCUAUUACAGUCUCUAUCAUACUCCACAAGAGAAAUACAUUUAAAAAAUAAAGCAAUGUUACGAAUCUUUAAUGAUUCAUUGAACAGUUGGUGUCAUGUUUAUCCCUUGUAUAUGCACAGCAACAUACAGUAUGUAAACAAGAACACCAGCAUGCCUAUGAAAGGAA